AUGCGAUCGAAAGGUCGGUCUUCAGGUGCAGUCAGAAGGGAAAGGUCAGGGCGGUCAUUGGGAGAUAGUUCGGGUAGCCGACGGGAACGACUCAAUUACAGAAAGAGCAGCGGUCGCAGCAGCACUCCGAAGAAAACUACCAGUUAUUCCUCUAAAGUUGUACUCUCGAAGAAAGUGAUCCAUCGCUCGUCACCGUUGCGAAAAUCGAAACCGUCACCAGUUAACGAGCUUGACAUAUUAGCAUUAAGUCAAAAGGAGCAACAGUCGAAAUCAGCAAACCGAGGAAAAGAUGGCAUUCAAAAUCGUCCUGAAAGAAUACAAUAUCGCCAAUUUGCUGGCACAACGGAUAGGCGUGGAUUUUGGGGCUCAAGAAACAGAAUGGACCGUCGUCGCACUCCGAUGUAUCCGCUACGACGCGGCAUUGGAGGAGGCGACUUGGCCGAUCAACGUACACACAUCGGACGUAAUAGCCGGCAAUCUUAUCAGCGAGCUACUGAGCAAAAUAAAUCAAUGAACGAUGAAGAAAAGCCGGUGAUGAAUCUGUUUGACCCAUGUAAAGUUCCUACAGGACGUUCAUAUUUUACGCAUGAUGAUCGAGCUACAAAGCCUGCACGCGUAUCUCGAUCAAGAUAUUCCGCUUCUGGUGACAGUGGCUGGCAAUCGCUACCAGUUGGCUGGCGAAAUGUUCGAAAGGUACGGAAAAACGAUGAUACCCUUGACGAUAAUUAUGAAUCCUACCAUAAAAAGCGCUCUGAAAAAAAUCCAGCUGAUGAAGUAUGGAAACACGAUAUGUUUGAAAGCGAAGAAAAUGAAGGAGCUGAAAUUGCACAUGUUCAGAAUCAGUUAUAG